UUUGAUAUAUACUUGACUCACCUAAAUUAAUGGAAGGUCUGUAUGUGUUACACUCAAGAGCAAAUUCCUCCGCCUUAUUUUCAGCUCAAAAAUCUCAUGCUCUUCAGCUUUUAAAUCCCAUACCCCAAAAAAUCACAUAUUUAAGGUCUAUGCCGCAAACCCACAAGCUGAAUCACUCUUCUCACAAGCAACUUUCGAUUAAAGCUCAAAUGGUUGAAAUAAAUGUUGGAUUGGCUACAAUGUCUGAUCCUACAAUUUCUAAUGAAGAUUUGCUCAAAAUUAAAGAGUGGGAAAUUGGGAUGUUGCAAGGUGAACUUGCUGCCAGUCAAGGAAUAAGUAUCAGGAGACGACCUCCAAGUGGACCGCCUCCUCACUACGUAGGCCCUUUUGAAUUUCACCUGCAAAACACGGAAAAGACUCCUUUUAACAUUCUUGAAGAAAUUAUAUGGUACAAGGAUGUGGAAGUCUCUGAGAUGAAGGAGAGGAAGCCGCUUUCAGUGUUGAAAAAGUUGUUGGAUAAUGCUCCGCCUGUUAGAGAUUUUGUUGGAGCUCUUAAAGCUGCAAAUUCGCGGACUGGGGUUCCUGGUUUAAUUGCUGAAGUUAAGAAGGCCUCUCCUAGUCGAGGGGUUAUGAGAGAAUAUUUUGAUCCUGUUCUGAUUGCUAAAGCCUAUGAAAAAGGUGGAGCAGCUUGCCUUAGUGUUUUGACAGAUGAGAAGUUUUUCCAGGGAAGCUUUGAGAACUUGGAGGCAAUAAGGAAUUCCGGGGUUCAGUGCCCUCUGUUGUGUAAAGAGUUUGUAAUAGAUGCUUGGCAAAUCUACUAUGCUCGAGUUAAAGGUGCAGAUGCGGUUCUGUUGAUUGCUGCUGUUUUACCCGAUUUAGAAAUCAAGUACAUGGUUAAGAUAUGCAAGUUGCUAGGCUUAGCCGCACUUGUGGAGGUACACAACGAGAGAGAGAUGGAUCGUGUUUUAGCAUUAGAGGGCAUUGAACUAGUUGGCAUCAAUAACCGUGACCUAGGAACAUUCAAGGUUGAUAUUAGCAACACUAAGAAACUUCUAGAAGGCGAGCGUGGAGAAAGGAUACGACAGAGAGGAAUUAUUGUAGUUGGGGAAUCAGGACUUCUUACUCCCGCUGACAUUGCUUACGUGCAAGGAGCCGGUGUAAAAGCAGUACUGGUUGGUGAAUCGAUAGUUAAACAGAAUGACCCUACUGCUGGAAUAGCUUGUCUGUUUGUCACAGCUGUAGAAGAUCAUGGAGGAAAGCCAGAAAAGGUGGCAGUCACAGCUGUAGAAGAUCAUGGAGAAAAGCCAGAAAAGGGAGUAUCAAUAAUAGAACAAAAUCAGGGAUCAUAGAGUGAUCUCAGGGAUUGCCUCAAAUUUAAUUUAUUUCCUUUCCAUAGUUUCCUUUUUAUUCCUUGUACAAACGUUCUGAGAUCUCUAUUUAAAGAGAGUCACAUCAGUAAUAACAUCAUCAUUUUAACA